GAGCCUUGAAGAGAGAUCUCCAAGAAUGGUUGGUCGACUCACGGAAGGCUACCUGGACCAUCACAGGCUUGGCGAAGUCACAGCAUGUGAGCAUGGUCCUGGCCAUCCUGAAGGUGAUGCGCCGUGUGCGCGUCGAGGUGAAUGUAUUUCAUAUCACGGCGGCCAUGAAUUGUGCUCGAGCUGGUGGCCGCUGGCAACUAACGCAGCAGCUGCUGCAAAGGUGUUUGCUUCAAGGGCACACCGCCACAGCCACUUGGAACUGUGCAGUUGCAGCAGCUGGUGCUUGGCCGCGGGCCGAACUCCUCUUCGCUGGAUGCUCGCACUGGAGUACAGAGCUUGACACUGUGUCGCUGGGUUCUUUAUUGAGCGCCUUGCCAUGGCCGAAAGCUUUGGCUGCUCUGACAGGGUCUCCGCCCUAG